AUGAGCUUAGCAGGUGAUAGUAGUGUCAUCUGUUGCUCUUUGAGGGAUCUCCAUCUGAACGUGGUUCAGAAUGCUCUGAUUUCAAGCCGAAGUGAUGUUGUCAAUACUGAUUUUCGAAAGAUAUUGGCAUUAGAUUUAGAUGAAACUUUAGUUCUUACUUCAUUCGAAGAAAGCUCCCCAUAUGACUUCAGAGUUGAUAUAAGCUUAGGAAAUACUACUUACCCGGUAUUUGUCCUGAAGCGUCCAGGCGUCGAUGAAUUUCUGCAGGAAUCUCUUGAUUUAUUCAACGUUUACAUAUAUACAUCAUCUGUAAUCGAGUAUGCAACAGCUAUUGUUCGAGAACUAAUUCCAGAUUUCCCGAAAUCAAAAAUUUUACACCGCGAACAUUGCAAAUACAUGAACGGCAAUUUCAUCAAGCAGUUAAGUCUCUUUGGAAGAGACUUAUCUGAGGUAGUUACCGUUGACAAUAAUUCCAUUUCCUUCUGUCUUAACCCAAAUAAUGGAAUUAUCAUUCCAACAUGGAAUGGUGAUGAAAAGGAUGAUAAAUUGCUUAAUGUUACUCUUCCUUUGCUCAGAGAAUGCUAUUUUGCAAAGGAUGUAAGAAACCCAAUUAAGCAAUUUUAUUUUCCAAAGAGACGAAGAGGAAUUAGCCUUAUUUCGCAUAUGCCUUAA